GCUGUGUGGGCAGGGAAAGUGACUGUCUGUGUCUCGGGCGGAAGAAAGUGUAAGUUUUCGCUGCGUAAUACUCGUGUGCUCGGCGGCGUGCGUGCGUGUGUGUGUGCGUCCGUGGUGCAGUGAGUGUCCUCCUCAGCCUCGCCACUCCACGGCUGUCCCUGGCGGCUGAGAAUGACAUGAUGGAUCCCACAGUGGCUAAACUGGUGGAGCAGUGGAACACCCUCCACAAGGAGGGGCGUUUCUCUGCCCUCGAUAUCAGAGAAUACUGGCGCAUUCAAGUUCCUGAAAUUUAUUCCCCUACGCCAAAUUGUAAUUGUUUAAGAAUAAUGUUUGAUGAAGAGCUGGCACAGAAGAUGCUAUUUGAUCCUCUGGAGAGGUUCAUGUGUGGAGGAGAUCCAACUCAGGUGUACCAGAUGGUUAAACAACUAGAUAAUCCUCCUUCCCUGUGUGGCCGAGUGUUCAAGAAUGGGGACCCCACUUAUGGUUGCCGUGACUGUGGCAUGGACCCCACCUGCGUCCUCUGUGCAGACUGCUUUAAGAAUUCUGCUCACAGCAAACACAGGUACAAGAUCAGCACUUCCUCUGGUGGCGGCUAUUGCGACUGUGGUGACCGGGAAGCGUGGAAAACUGAUGUCUUCUGUGAUAUUCAUGUUAAGGGCCAAAUGGCACAGCAGUCCCAAAACCCUCUAGAAAAGAUACCCCCUGAUAUGGUUGACAGGAUCCAUCUCAUAUUUGACUGCAUCCUCCCCUACGCCAAGGAGCUACUCACGUAUGAGGAAGGGUUCUCUAUUCCCAAAGACUUAGAGAUCCGAGAGUCAGACCGAGAGCCCACCAACCUCUCCUGUCUCUAUGAUAUUAAAGACACUUAUGUUACCAUGCUCUACAAUGAUGAGACUCACACAUAUGACCAGGUAAUUGCCACCCUUGAGCGAGCAAUAGAAUGCACCCAAAAGGAUGCCGUUGCCUUUGCCACAAGUAUAGACAGGGAGGGGCGGUGCAUUGUCAAGUGCUCCACCUUCCAGCAGUGUUCCCAGACAAAGAACAUGAUGGAGAAGCAAACAUCAAGAGGUGGUGGAAGGCCUCUUAAAGUACAGGUGAUGGAAACUUACAUCAUUGCGCAUCAGAUCUUUGCUUCACGGUUACUCACUUGGCUCCACAACAUCCUGGAAUCUGCUCAGACCUUCAGGCUGAUCUUCAGUGACAUAAUCAACAAGGAUGGAGGGAACAUUGUGGAGAGCAUCAUUUGGACUGACACUAAGAUGUGGAAGACAGCUCGUGUCCAGUGGCAUCGUCUCUUCAUCUCAGGGAUGCUCAUGGACCAGGAGAGCAAGAAGAUGUUUGCCAGGACCUUCACUAAGCACUACAGCAAAAUGAUGAAGGACUUCAUCCUGGACGACCACGACCAUGCAGUAUCAGUGGCCUCGCUGGGUGUGCAGCUUUUCACUAUGCCCACCAUUGCCCACAUGCUGGUGGCUGAGGAAGAUGUGCUGGCCCGCCUCCUCAACACCUUCCUGUCAGAGUGUGACAAGAAGCUCAGGGACAAUAAGCUCGCUCUUGAGCACCGCAGCUCCAACACUCCCUCCUUCAGGCGCAUCCAGUACAUCCUCUAUGACCUCAAGUAUCUAUUAGGAGUGAAACCUGAAGUGUGGACGGAUGACCUACGGAAGGGGUUCCUCCACGGGUACAGCCUCCUCCUGCGCCUCUUGGGAAUGAUGCAGGGCAUGGAUCCAAUGGUGCGGCAGGUGGGCACACACAUGGAAUAUGAGCCAGAGUGGGAGUCUGCCUUCAAUCUCCACAUCAAGUUGGCAUCAGUCAUCCCCUUGGUAGUGGACUGGGCGGCCUCUGACCGUAUCGUGCUUCUUAAAGCUUAUCGAAUGCUAAUGAAGGCGCUGGGAGAGCUUGGAAACGAGGCCAGCCGGAGAAGAUAUGUCCGAGAGCUGCUCGACUACUCGGUGUCAUGUAUCGAGUAUGAUGUGUCGUCAGCCCCUGUGUCAAUCCAUCUGCCUCUGUCCCGUCUCGUGGCAGCCCUCACACUCCACUUAGACAGAUAUGACCUCAACUACAAUUCCCCCGAAUUCCUUGUUAAAGGAAAACCUACUCCAGAGGAACUAAUGGAACCUGUCCUGAGGACUGAAGUCAUGAUAGCACAGGUUCAUGCUGGGAUGUGGCGCCGCAACGGGUUUUCUCUCAUCAACCAGAUCUACUUCUACCACAAUGUGCGGUGUAGACAGGAGAUGUUGGACAGGGAUGUGAUGCUCCUGCAGAUUGUGGCAACCCUCAUCGACUCCAAUGAAUUUCUGGUUCACAUCCUUAACCGAUUCAACCUCAUGAACUGGGCACGAGAGGACUAUGAGGUUAACUACUACAAGAGCAAUGAUGAGGACAACAUGAGACAGACAGUCGUUCUGGUGGAGGAGUAUCUGCAGCUGGUCAUGACUUUAGUCGCUGAACGCUACACCCCCGGCAUUGGCCAAGUGGAUGACGAGGAUAGGAUUAAGAAAGAGAUAAUCCAGCUUCUCUGUAUUGAGCCCAUGCCUCACUCAGUGCUCAACAAGGCUCUUCCUGAGGGGCCAAACCAUGAGACAGGCAUGGAAAAGGUUAUUGAUGAAGUCGCAGAUUUCAAGAAAUCGUCCGGCAACACUAAAGGCUACUUUGAACUAAAGCCAAAAUAUUAUUCCCAUUACAAUCUUUUCUUCUAUCACUACACACGGGAGGAGCAGAGCAAGUCAGAGGUUGGGCAGCGACUGAGAAAGAAGGCAGCUCUGGAAGAAGAGUGCUGCCCUCCCCCGAUCCCUCCACCUUUCACUGUCCCCUUCACCAUGAUAGUCAACAUUCUACAGUGUGAUGUCUUCCUCCACAUCAUCAAGACAGUUCUAAAGAGGAUGAGUGAAACGAAAGCCCAGAGUGUAAGUGAAUCUCAGCUUCAGAAGGUGCUCCACCUCAUAGGCUACGCACUACACGAGGAGGAGCGCUACCACCACAACAACGACCCCUACUUCCACUUCACACGGCGUGCCCAGAAGAUCAACCUUCUCAGUCUGCUGGGACGCCUGGUGGGGCUCCACCGAACAACAACACACAGAGAUCUUUUGGCAUGGACCAUCAGAAAGUACCAUGCUGUUGUUAACCUGUCAAGUGACUCGACUAAACCAAGUCAAGCAUCUGAAGCAGUGUUGGCCUCCACCUCCUCUUCUGACACUGCUACAGCCUCAGCAGAGAAGAAGAAAAAAGCUGACAUUGCUGCCCAGAGGAAAGCUCGCAUCAUGGCAAAGAUGGCCUCUAUGCAGCAGAACUUCAUCAAAACCAAUGAAACAUUCUUCAAAGAAACACCAUCAACUGAGCAGCCAGCAGAUGUCCCUGAUCCAGUGCCAAUGGAACUAACUGAGCAGCUGCCUGAAGACAUGAUAGCCAUUGGGCCUCGCCAAACACUGACAUCCCCACAGGAAGUCUCGUAUACUUGCAUCUUGUGCCAUCAAGAGGACCGCUUGUGUCGUGGUGAUAGCAGUCGGGGUCGCCCCAUGGUCCUGGGAGCUCUCAUUCAGAAAUCUACUGUACUCUCCCACAACCGAUCCCGUCACCUUGACCAGCCUGAGACCCACGACACCCUCUUCCUACCAAGCGACCUUCACUGGGGUGCCCACACCUCUUCAUGUGGCCAUGCCAUGCAUGCCCAGUGCUGGCAAAAAUACUAUGAGGAUGUUCUAUCCAAAGAGAGGCGGAGACCCUAUCGAUUUCGGCAAAACUUGAGCUUCGAUGUUGAAAGAUCUGAGUACCUGUGUCCUUUGUGCGAGGCUCUGUGCAACACUGCUGUUCCCCUCCUGCCAGGGGUCACGUGGGCAUCUGCCAGCCUCCCUGACCAGCCACCUCCUCCUACUCUCUCGUUGCCAGACUGGCUCAGGGGUCUCCAUACUCUCCUCAAGUACAAGACUGUGAUGGUGAAUGGUGCUCGGCCCAGCGAGGAGACUGGCCACUCAGAUGAUGCACAAAUGGACAUCAGUCCACAGCCAGGUGGCAUGGUGACUGGCCAUGGCACUGUAGGUGGGAUGGCAGCAGCUACCUCUGUAGGCGCUGGGGCAAGUGUUGCCACCAUCCCAAUGGGAGGGUUGCCUGGCAGGGGAAGAGGCUCCACAAAUACUGGUAUUCCUGCAAUUAUGAAGGCAGGGGAUGGGGGUCAGGGGGGUAGGCCUCGUCGCUGGUCCAGGAUCUCUUUCUACAAAAAACAUAAAAAGGGUGGUGAGGGAAAGGAAGAGGAGGAAGACAGUGCUGCUAAUGGUGAGGGGACCUGGAUUCCCCCAUCCCUCCCUGAGGUUACCAGUGAACUAGCCACAUCUACCUCUCCAGAUGCUGCUGAAGCAUUCUCAACACUUUUCCAAGGUUCCACUGCCACCACCAUCCCUGAUUUUCCGGGGCAUACAUUGGAUAUGAUGUCUAAUUUUGCCCAUUCUGUCUACAUGCAUGGCCUUCGUGUGAAUCACAACAUCUCCAGUAGAAGAAUUCCUUUAAUGGUAUGGAAUAGUACAGCAUACACGAUUCACACUCUGGAGCAGACCCAAAGGAACAGUAACCGUGCUCUCCUCACUUCCCUCUCUUCCCGUCAACGAGACUGUCUGGCUGCUCUCAUCAAGUUUGCUGCAUAUGCUCCAUUAUGUGUCAAGAAAAAGCAGAUCGUUGAAGGUGCAGCAGUUCGCUUGCUGAGUCUACUCCUGGAGGGAGGGGAGUCCACACCAUGUGUGUUGGAGUGGGAUGUCUUUAGCAUUCUUGUCACACUUACUUUAUCACUACCAUCCAUAUUCCCUACCAUUCAAGGUGUAGCUACAGGAUCACAACAGGAUCUCCAUGUUUUACAAGUGUGCUUUUUAGCUCACAUUGUGCAGCUACUCCUCACAUAUGAAGAAGCAGCUGAUGAUGCAGACAUGGAAGUUGAAGAAGGGUCAGACAAGGGGUCAGAAGCAGGGGAUGGUCCAUGGUUGAUAUCAAUGAUGGCUCACUGCCGUUCCCUGGCCAACAUUCCUCAUGUCAGAGCCCAUCCACAGCUCCUUCUAGACUAUGUUAAAGAAAACAGCCUGGCCUUCUUGCGGUGCUGUGGGUUGUUUUUCCAUUUCCUGACAGAAGUGCCAACCCCUGAAGAGUUGCAGUCUAGUGUGUGGGUCCCAGAGUCAGAAUUUUAUUGCCUCCUCCGCUACUUGGGCCUUUCUGUCAAUCAGCUGAGACCCACCUUUGGUGAUCCUUCUCUCUUGGAGCUAGUCAACAAAUGGUGUAGUCAUGUUCGUGUUGGGCCCCUUGCUUCUGCCUCUGGCAGUGAAGGUUGUGUCAGGCAUUGGACACGCAUCAACCAGUUGGUCAGUCUUCCUUAUGACUACUCUGAGUUGAUCAACACAGUGUCACAGUUCCCCUGUCCUGCUUCCUCUGGUGAUGAUUCCCGCACCCCAACAAUGUGCUUGGUGUGUGGCAAGAUGCUUUGCUCCCAGAGUUACUGCUGUCAGACGGAAUAUCCAGAGAAUUCUCGUCAAAUGGUUGGGGCCUGCACGUACCAUGCUCUUUACUGUGGGGCAGGGACAGGCAUCUUUAUAAGGGUUCGUGAAUGUAAAAUCCUUCUGCUUUCUGGACAAAUUAAAGGUUGCUUUGUGAACCCACCGUACCUGGAUGAAUAUGGGGAGACAGACCAGGGGUUGAAACGGGGCAACCCCCUUCACCUGGAUGCCACCCAGUAUUCACGGCUGCACACCAUGUGGCUCUCACACUCCAUACCUGACACCAUUGCCCACACCAUGGAAAGCAACUCGAGUGUUGUGGCAACUGAGUGGCAACAUCUUUAAGCCUGUCUGUACAAAUAAAAGACUGAGAAAUUGGACAGUGCAUCAGAUCUGUAGAUGUUUAGGGCAAAUGAAUGUUAAAAAGAAGUUGCUCCACAUUAUUGCUAAAAAAUGAUAGUAGCCUUAUCUUAUCAAUGUUACUGAAAGAUAAUUUUUCUUGAAAAUAAAUACAUGACCAUUAUAGUCCUUAUAAUAAGUUUUUGCAUAAGUUGUUCUCGAGAUUGUUUUAUAAACCAAUAUCAGUUGUCUGUCUUCCUUUUAGGAAUUGCGUGUGUGUGUGUGUGUGUGUAA